GCACUUUGGUGGUUCUGAUAUAAAAAGCAGAAGAAAGGACUCAGAGGACACUGUCAGCUUCACCAGGCUCAUCAACGACUUUGAGAUGGUCUGAUUCAUCAUUUGGACUUCCGGGGACUUGCCUCUUAUUGCUCACUAGUUUGCUGCACAUGCCCACCAUCGGUUACUCCUGGGAUCAGAUGAACCAGUGGUUAAAAAGGGGAUCGAACGAUGGCUAUCAGGGACUUCUUGGACAUGUCAGGCACCUGCUUGAAUGUAUACAGAGCUGUGUAUGCUGUUAAAUUUUACUAGUGCUUAUGAGGUACUAAAAAUGAAAUAGCCACGGUUUCCUUAGCCAUGUUGGUAAACAGAUACUGAGCUAAAAGACUCCUUGGAGAACCCUGGCUUCAGCCCCAGGACGAGAGAGAGAGAGAGAGCGCUCCUAGGCUGCUUCCUAUCACUACCUUCUGGUUCCACACGCUGAGCUCUGUGGGGCCUCAGUCUACAGAUCAUCUGUGAUACAGGCAGCAGGUUGGGUCAUUAGCUUAGCUGGUGCUCUGUCCAGCCCUGCUUACCUAGCUCAAUGCUAGCCACCAUAGCUAUUUAUACGGCCACGUUAACUUUAAGUACGUGUUCAGCUCCUUUAAUCCGGCACCCUUAUGGUGAUCAGUUCUUUUCCUGGAACAUUAUGCCGACCAUUGGCAUCGUGGUGGGUGUUAACCCCGCGGACAGCCUGCCACAUCCCGUUUUUGGUGGCAAGGUGGGCCGGUCGUCGCGCUUGAACGUGUUCCCAGGAUGGCGUGAAUCAGGACGCUCACCCCCACCAGCUCUGUCGAACUCGUAGCUGGGCAGAUGACGGCAUCCCUAAGUUCUGAUUUGGUGACGACAGGGAUGCGUGACCCGGGUGGCGGCUUUCAGCAUUUCGACACUUCCCCAGUUCUCCGUCGCUCGUCUGUGGUACCGGAUUGGGUCGUGUUGGGUAUCAGAGCUCAACUUGUGCUCCUUGCUGAGCAGGAGAGGUACGUCCACCCUAAAAUGACCCGCGGGCCGAGACCUGCCGCGUAAAUGGCGUCCGCCGUGAGAGAUGCAGUCGUCUGGUACCAGAAGAAGAUCGGAGCCUAUGAUCAACAGAUAUGGGAGAAGUCAGUGGAGCAAAGAGAGAUCAAGGGGCUGAGGAACAAACCGAAGAAGACUGGUCACGUGAAGCCGGACCUCAUUGACGUGGACCUGGUUAGGGGUUCUGCUUUUGCCAAGGCCAAACCUGAGAGCCCAUGGACCUCGUUGACCCGGAAGGGCAUCGUCAGGGUGGUGUUCUUUCCCUUCUUCUUCAGGUGGUGGAUCCAGGUCACCUCCAGGGCCAUCUUUUUGCUGUUGCUGCUGCUAUACCUCCUCCAAGUGGCAGCGGCAGCGCUCUUCCUCAACCUCCCCCCGACACACGGUGUUCCCGCCACCGAGGUCUUUGGUGCCGUCUGGCUCAUGCUGCUUCUGGGGACAGUUCACUGCCAGAUCGUUUCUACCCGUACCCACAAGUCCCCACCCAGCGCGGGGGGCAAAAGGAGAAGGAAGUUAAGGAAAGCCAUGCAGUUGGAGGUGAAUAGGGAAGGAGACGGCUCUAGCACUACCGAUAACAGUCAGGAGGGGGCGCCACACUGCACUGAGCCCGAGUCCACUCAAUACAUCGGCACAUUCUUCAGAGAGUUCUGGCAUGAUAUCUUUAAAACAGGAUUAAAGAAAUCCAAGACAUCCAUCAACAAGUCAACAGAGACGGACAACGGCUAUGUGUCUCUGGAUGGCCGCGUGACCAGCAAGAGCAGUGAGGAGGGCCUGCAGCUCCGUGAAGGACCCGCUGACCUUCUGCCCCCCAGCGAGCCUCACUGGACUGCCUCCCUGCCCUGCAGCGGCCUGCUGCCCCCAAGCAUGCCCAAGGAAGCUCCAAGCCCCCGCCGAGUGGAAAAUUUAACUGACGAGGCGUCCACAGAAGAGGACCCCGAAGCCCCCUACAGCACCAUCAGGAGGGGUGGAGAGCGCACACAGAGUGACUGCGGCCUGCGCAACAGGAAGUCUCAUCACUACAAGAAAAGCUACAGUGCAGAGGAGCCGUGCCGCUCUGCCUCAGGUGGCAGCCUGCGCUCCAGCCUGCGCCGCGACUGCGAGAAUGUGCGUCCCGAGUCGGAGACGGAGGACGUGCUCUGGGAGGACUUCCUGCACUGUGCCGAGUGCCACUCCUCCUACAGCAGCGAGACGGAGGCCGAGGGCACGCCCACUUGCCCCAAGAAGGAGUACAGGGACGACCCCUUCCUGCAGGGCCACGCUCCAUGGCUACACAGCUCCAACCCAGGCCUGGAGCGCGUGAGCGCCAUCGUGUGGGAGGGCAAUGAAUGCAAGAAGGCUGACAUGUCCGUGCUGGAGAUAAGCGGCAUUAUCAUGAACCGGGUAAACCUGUACACACCUGGAAUUGGAUACCAGGUUUUUGGGAACCUUGUGUCAGCAGUGUUGGCGCUGACACCCUUGGUUUACAGACUGUCCCAGCACAAGGAACUGGAGCACCUGACCACACUCUCUGCCACUCAGCUCCUUUGUAUCACAAUGGGCUCUGAUGUCAUGGUGAUCGCCAUGGUGACCGUGAGCUUGAUGGUGCGGGCCUGCCUCACAUGGCUCUUCUUCUUUCUACUGAGCGUAGCAGAGAGGACCUACAAGCAGAGGCUGCUCUUCGCAAAGCUCUUCGGACACCUGACGUCCGCUAGGAGGGCCAGGAAGUCGGAGGUCCCUCACUUCCGACUGAAGAAAGUGCAGAACAUCAAGAUGUGGCUCUCGCUGCGCUCCUACCUGAAGAGAAGAGGUCCCCAGCGUUCAGUUGAUGUCAUUGUCUCCUCUGCCUUCCUCCUCACCCUAUCCGUGGUCUUCAUCUGCUGUGCACAGCUACUCCACGUUCACGAGACCUUCCUAGACUGUCAUUACAACUGGGAGCUGGUCAUCUGGUGCACCUCUCUGUCCCUCUUCCUGCUGCGCUUCGUCACGCUGGGGUCUGAGACCAGCAAGAAGUACAGCAACACUGCCAUUCUGCUGACCGAGCAGAUUAACCUGUACCUGAAAAUGGAGAAGAAACCAAAUAAGAAGGAGGAGCUGACCCUGGUGAACAAUGUGCUGAAGCUGGCCACUAAGCUACUGAAGGAACUGGACACCCCCUUCAGGCUGUACGGCCUAACCAUGAACCCCCUCCUCUACAACAUCACUCAGGUGGUCAUCCUGUCUGCUGUCUCUGGGGUCAUCAGCGACCUGCUCGGCUUCAAUCUCAAGCUUUGGAAGAUCAAAUCAUGAGGAGACAAGCGAACACGGCACAGAUGUCCGAAAUGGGAUUCGACUUGCUGUGACUAAAAGGCGCUUUUGAGACCAACUAUGGGGAAUGGAACCCCGACAUACUACGACUCCGACAUAUCGAAGACAUCAUGGUUUUAUUUUACUCAUACAUGAAUCGUGCAAUUCUAAUAUCUAUUCUACCUUUUCAGUGUUAUUGGCAUCUGUCGUAAUGACACAUCUUAGCGGAAGAUUUCAGCAGAGAGGGGUGGCUUUAUAAACACGGAUUUCAGCAGCUAUUUUGCCGAGAGGGCAGACGGGUGCACGAUGUGGUCACAUAGGCCUGAAGCCCAAGAGGCUGGUGCUGCCCUGUCCCCAGACCACAUGGGGGCGCUCUUCCCCUCGAUUCCAAUCAUCCACUGCCACCGUGGCAUGGACACGCACACAGAGUGACCCAUCCUGUCACCAUAACAUCUGUUACAUGCACUAAAGGUCUUUCAAGCCCUGAUGGUGACUCUGAGGAAAAGUAAUUCGGAUGGAUAACCUUGUACUUCAAGCAAUAACUAUUAGUUCCACCAAGACUGACGGUAGCUGGCUGGACCUUAUGAAUUUGCGUGUAUUUAUUAAGAACACGUGGUUGGCCGGUCCAGAUGCCUGAUAAUGUGCACUUUAAGACAUAAAUGUUACUUCAACAUUAUUCCAGUGUCAGAAUCGUAAUGUUACUCUCAAAUAAAAGCCAUUUUGUAUAUCUGCGUGCAACAGCUUUCGUUCAGAGAGACCAAAGUGCUGUAACGUGGUGGAAGUUUACCGCUUUCACAUGGCCUGGUUUGUCUUGGAGACUCGGAGAGGAUGUUGCCCGGUACUUUUCAUUUGUAUGGAUUCUCUUUCUUUGUAGAUGCAAGCGACGUUUCGCAGCACUAAAUAACGGUGUUUGAGAUGGUGAUUUAGAUUAUUAUGCUAUGCAUAGUACAUUUUUAAAAGAGAGUUGCAUAUUUAAGUUAUGAUGUUUUGUGAGCAGGUGUAUUUAUAUCAGUUGCAGAUUUUUAUAUGAAAUAUGGACACAUGUCAGUCGGCCCAGCUAAUGUACCGUGACUGUGAUGCAGGCUCUACUAUGUGAAUCUGAACUGCUUUAGUUCCCAUGACUUCGUGUAUCAUAUGACACUGUAAUUGACCACAGCCUUCAUUAAAAUCUCACUGUGGCUCA